GUGAUAUGACUGUUAGGAGAAUAAAGCUGCACGCCAUACAAAAUGACAUAUCCAAGGAUAAUAAUUAUGCUUAUGGCCGACAUGAUAGGAACGGCUAUGGGGAUAUAGAAAAGAAGUCCGAAGUCGAUUCCUACUUGCUACGCGAAGGAGUGGCCGCUGUACUGGUGGUUGCAUUUAUUUUGGUGUUGUGGGGACUGGUUCAUUUAUCUUUACAGCAGCUUGUUUUAGGGGGAUCUACUGGCGAAUUCAAUGCACUCAGAGCAAGAAAACACCUGGAAAGCAUCACCAGUGUGGGUCCUCGACCAGUGGGAAGCGUGGAGAAUGAGGUCAUGACUGUGGGUUACCUGCUGGCUGAAAUCGAGCACAUCCGAGAGGAGAGCAUGGCUGGGCCCCAUGCCAUUACUGUGGAUGUGCAACGGCCAACUGGUUCCUUCAGCAUCGACUUCCUGGGUGGCUUCACCAGCUACUAUGACAAGGUCACGAACAUUGCUGUCAAAUUGGAGCCUAAGAGUGGCGCACAGCAUCUCAUGUUGGCCAACUGUCAUUUUGACUCUGUGGCUAACAGCCCAGGUACAGUGCAGACUGGCAGGGCAAGUGAUGAUGCUGUUAGCUGUGCGGUCAUGUUGGAGGUGCUGCAUUCCCUCGCUAACCUAUCCACUCCACUGCUGCAUGGAGUUGUGUUUCUCUUCAAUGGGGCCGAGGAGAAUGUUCUGCAGGCAAGUCAUGGUUUCAUUACCCAGCACCCAUGGGCUAAGAAAUUACGAGCCUUUAUUAACCUGGAGGCUGCAGGUGUGGGGGGAAAGGAAGUAGUCUUUCAGACAGGGCCAGAGAAUCCCUGGCUAGUGCAAGCCUAUGUCCAUGCUGCCAAGCAUCCUUUUGCCUCUGUGGUAGGGCAGGAGGUGUUUCAGAGUGGUGUGAUCCCCUCUGACACAGACUUCCGUAUCUACAGGGACUUUGGCAAUAUUCCAGGCAUAGAUCUGGCUUUCAUUGAGAAUGGCUACAUUUACCACACCAAAUAUGACACAGCAGACCGAAUCCUGACUGACUCGGUUCAGAGAGCAGGGGACAAUAUCCUAGCCGUACUUAAACACCUGGUUAUGUCUGAGAAGUUGGCUGACACUUCUGCUUAUCGCCACGGAAACAUGGUGUUUUUUGACCUACUGGGCGUGUUUGUGGUGGCAUAUCCAGCACGUGUUGGUACCAUCAUCAACUGCAUAGUUACCAUGGCAACGUUCUUUUACCUGGGGAAGAAGUACAUGCUGCCCAGCCAUAUGGGGGGGCGAUAUGUCCGGGAGCUGGUGUAUGCGGUUGGUGUGGCGCUUCUCAGCUGGCUGGUGACACUGUUGUCAGUGCUAAUUGUGGCACUGCUAGUGACUCUGUUGGGCCACUCUAUGUUCUGGUAUAACCACUUCUAUGCGUCCAUCUGCCUGUAUGGGUCUGCCUCUACUGGCAAAAUGAUCCUUAUUCACACUCUGGCCAAAAAUCUCUAUUAUGGGAAUAUGCAGCGUUUGGAGCUAGGAGAGUUGUUUUUCGACGUAAGUCUUGUGCUGUGGUGCUGUGCACUGGUCUACCUCACCCAGCAGGGCCUGUGUUCUGCCUAUGUGCCAAUGCUGAUGGUGGCCUUCCCCCUGACCACAAAGCUGCUCCUAACCAGGGAAUUCAAACAGAGAGGUGCAUCAGUAAAAUAUUCAAUCCUCUACCUGGUGGGAUUGGCUUUGCCUUAUGUGCACUUCAUGUUCCUAAUCUGGGUGGUCUUUGAGAUUUUCACUCCAAUCCUGGGCCGCAGUGGCACCGAGAUUCCCCCUGAUGUGGUACUCGCCUCACUCAUCACCCUUGGCACUUUCCUCCUUUCCUCAUACUUUAUGCACUUCAUCUACUUGGCCCGUAGUACCAAGUGGAUCUUGACAGUUCUGGGGACUGUCUUUGGGGUGGUCUUCAUUCUGGUAUCAUGUGGACUGUUCUUCCCCUAUACCUCCAACCCAUCAAGUCCCAGACCAAAGCGGGUGUUUUUGCAGCACACCACUCGUACCUUCCAUGGACUAGAUGGUCAGGUAGCAUACAAAGACUCAGGGCUCUGGAUCAACAGUUUUGACUAUACAGCUAUGAGACACAUCACACCUCACAUCCCAGAGAUCAACGACACUAUCCGCCAACACUGCCAGGAAGACCUGCCCUUCUGUGGUUUCCCCUGGUUCUUGCCUGUCAAGUUCCUAGUAAAGAAGAACUGGUACCUCCCAGCAGCAGAAGUAUCUCCAAAGUUCCCUAUGGAGUUCAGACUUCUGUCAAAACAUGAGACAGAGUGGGGCACUAUUCGAAUGUCUUUUGAAGCAAAAGGCCCAAGCCAUAUGUCCCUAUACCUGUUUCCACACAGUGGGGCAACACUGACCAGGUGGUCAUUUGGUGAUGGCAUUCCACAAUUUGAUCUCAGUGGGGAGUAUUUUAUAUUUUACUCACAUGGUCUAGAGGCUCCUGCUUGGAUUUUUUGGUUUGAAAUCCAGCCUUCAAGCACAGGAUCAGAAGAAGAAGGCAUGAUCUCGAUGGCAAUCUCAUCUCAUUACUUUUUUGGGGAGGACAAGCUAACACCCCAGCUGGAAGUGAUGCUGCAACGCUUUCCUCUCUGGGCCUUCCCAUCCUCUUGGGUUAGCACAUACAACAUGUACCGCUACUGAAGAGCUCUCACAUACAUACAGACACUCAUACAUGUUCACAUACACACACAUACUACACCAACCAAGGGUUUGAGAAUUCCUGAAGUUAUUGCCCAAACAAAAUAUGACAUCCCCUCUCACACAGUCAUUCACAAGCACACACACAUAUAUUCACUCCCAAUUUGCUGCUGCACAAACCUCCACUGGAUAAGUCGACUUUACACGGAUGCACCAAUGUACUCACAAACUUGUACAGUGUACAUAUCCUUACACUUUCUGACACACACUCAUACAAAUGCAACCGUCACUGUGUCGACAGGCUAAAAUAGUAUGGAACAACUUCAAAGCCAAGCCAGAACCAAGUUUAUUUAUUGAGGACCAACCAACAAUUGUUCAACUCUCCAGUGUGGUCUCUCUUCUGUCACUCUUGCAUUUUCUUUAGUCACAUUUUGUUUUGAUCGGUCUCUGUGUGAAUUGCCUUGGGUGACCUCCCUACUUCAUAUUGUGUUAUUUGAUCUGGUAAAACUUGUACAUGUGGACGAAAAGUCAUGGAGAAAGAGUUAAAGGGAUAGUUCGGGUUUUAAGACACAAAGUUAUAUGGGUU